GUGUUCCCCUGGUAUCUGUUUGCCCCCAGUCUGUGGCGCACCUAAAGGCACUGUACACGUGACGUCACGGUGACAUACAGGGCUGGGAACAGUGUUCCGUUCUAGUAUCUUGAUACCGUUUACCUGCGAGAUAAACAAGUGAAAGGACCAAGCCCAACCUCCCUUACACAGAAACCUCCCCUGCUUGUCCCUGCCUUGUCCCCCUCCCCCAGUCAGAACACCUUUCCCCUCCUCUCCUGCACAGAAAAGGCUCCAUUUUCUAACCGGGUGGGAGCUGUGCACUUUGGAUACUGUUCUGUUCCUGUUUUGGGCUUUGGUUCUGCCCUAGUCCCGUUGCUAUCAUUUUGCUGCCUUGUUAGAAACUUUUGUCACUUGGAGCGGGGACAGGAUAACAGUCACCAUGCCUUGGACCCUAACCGCAGGAAGAAGCUUCUUGUUUCUGCUAAUGUUUGCUGUUGGUAUUGGAGAUGGUCUGCAUUUGGAGAUUUUAAAACAAAGUAAAUCAAAUAAAGCCAAUUUGGCAAGUUUGGUGAGAAAUAAACGAGAAUGGGUCAUUCCUCCAGUAUCAAUCGUUGAAGAGCAGGAUAAUUCUAGGAAGAACCCUAUUGCACGAAUACAAUCAGAUCAUCAGAUUGAAUUCAAUAAGAGAAUUACGUACAAAAUUACUGGUAAAGGAGUGACAGAACCUCCAUAUGGCUUAUUUAUUAUUAAUGAAAGAAAUGGUGAACUCAAUGUGACUGGUAUUGUCGACAGAGAAACAACUCCAAUAUUCUUUCUGAAAGGUUAUGCUUUGGACAUGGAUGGAAAGGAUGUUGAACCUCCUAUCGAUCUUCGAGUGAAAGUUAUUGAUAUCAAUGAUAAUAACCCAGUAUUUACCCAGGAAGUGUUUGUUGGAACUGUGGAAGAGCUGAGUUCACCAAAUACUCUCGUUCUGAGAUUAAAUGCAACAGAUGCGGAUGAAGAAAAUACCAUUAAUUCUAAGCUUGCCUUUAGAAUUCUGUCUCAAGAGCCAGGACAGUCACAACUGUUCAUAAUUAAUAAAGAUACUGGUGAAGUGCGCACAACUGUAUCCAACCUUGACCGAGAGCAACAAAGUAGCUACUCGCUGGUGCUGGAAGUAAAAGACAGAGGUGGAGAACAGAUUGGACUGUCUAGCAAAUGUGUCCUGAAAAUAAAGGUUAAGGAUGUAAAUGAUAAUAUCCCAAGGCUGGAAAAGGAGGCGUAUGAGGGGUCUGUGGAAGAGAAUGUAGCUAAUGUUGAAAUUUUACGCAUGAAAGCAUUUGACGAUGAUGAAGAGUUCACUGAUAAUUGGUGGGCAAAUUUUACUAUUGUCUCUGGCAAUGAAGAUGGAUAUUUUGAAGUUGUUACAGACACUGCAACCAAUGAGGGAGUUCUGAUGAUUGUUAAGGAAGCCGAUUAUGAGGAGCUCCAGAAUAUUGAGUUAAGCGUAGUUGUUUCAAACAGAGCAGAAUAUCACAGCUCCAUAAUUUCCUCAGGUGGAGGUGGCGGCGCUGGAGGUGCAGGUGGUGGCGCUGGAGGUGGAAAGAGAAUUCCUAUCAAAGUAAAAGUUAAGAAUGUUCCAGAGGGCCCAGUGUUUAAGCCUAAAAGAAAGAAACUUGUUGUUAGUGAGGGAAAAAAAGUAACAAUAGGUCAAAUCAUUGGAUCAUAUCAAGCUUUUGAUGGAGACACCGGAAAAGUAGCUGAAAAUGUCAAGUAUGCAAAAGAAUAUGAUCCAGAUAACUGGUUUAUAAUUGAUUCAACUACAGCAGAGAUCAAACUUUCAAAAAUACCAGAUCGGGAGUCUGCAUAUGUAGUUAAUGGUACCUACAUUGCAAAGAUUUUGGCUAUUAGUGAAGUGCUUCCAGGUAAAACUGCCACAGGAACUAUUGCCAUUGAGGUGGAAGAUGUAAAUGAUAACUGUCCAAUUAUACUCGAACCAAUUAGAACAAUUUGCGACAACUCUAAGUUUGUGAAUGUGACUGCUGUGGACCGAGACAGCUUUCCAUUUGGCGCGCCUUUAACAUUUAUAGUUGUUGAUGUUCCUGUAGGAACUGCUAAGAACUGGGAAAUUGGAAAGAAAGAUGAUGUUAGUGUUCAACUCAUACCAAAAGCUAUCUGGCCUGGCUCACAUAAGGUUCAGGUUCUGGUGACUGAUAAUGAAGGAUUAAGUUGUCCAGAAAUGCAGAUCCUUGAAUUGGCUGUAUGUGAUUGUGAAGGGGGCGAUGCUUGCUCCUCGAGAAGGAUUGAGACUUCAGUAGGGCUUGGAGCCGGUGCAAUUGGCCUAAUGAUCCUGGCUUGCAUACUACUGCUAUUGGUACCACUUCUGUUGCUCCUCUGCUACUGUGGAAAAGGGAAAGGAUUUAUUGCUGUCCCAGAUGGUACAGAAGCUUCUUUUGUGAAAUGGAACAAUGAAGGGGCAGAGCCUGAGGACAUGGCAACUGCUCCACAGCCGAUUGUAAUUUCUGGCUUUUCAGGACGAGGUGCUGGUGCUGGUGCAGCAGGAAAAGGAGAUUCUCUGGGUUUCCAAGGAAAUGGAGGCUAUGAGUAUAACGCGAAUCAAACGUACAAUGCCAAUAGUAUGUAUGAGAGACGAUUUGAAGGGUCUAGAGAACUUCUCACAGCUGGAGAGAUUGCAAGAAGAGGAGCCGCUGGAAAUACUAUUAAAUCUCUAGGUGUUUUAGGUGCUGGAAGUGGCUCAGGAGCUGGUGCUCAUGGAAAUUUUAGAGGCGGAGAUGCUGGUGGGUCAAUGGCAGCUCUAAAUGAAGACUUCAUAAGAGGUUACUUUCAAGAUAAAGCCUUUGCAUAUGCAGAUGAGGAUGAUGCUGAACCCGCAAAAGAUUGCAUUCUACUCUAUUCCCAAGAAGAAUACGGUUCAUGUUCAGGAUCAGUCGGCUGCUGUAGCUUUAUUGAAAGUGACAUUGAAGAAAAUUUCCUGGAUGAUUUAGGACUAAAGUUCAAAGCCUUGGCAGAAGUUUGUAUGGGUUGUGAAAUAAGCACUGGUGUUCAAGUAGACAGUUAUAGGUCAUAUGAGGCGAAAAGCAAAAUUCCCAGUAGAGAGAUGAUAGAAACUGAGGCAAGAAGGGUUGCUGAGGCUGAACAAUUCUACACUUCUGAAACAAACGUCAACACGAUAGUACCCGAACAAAGUGAUAUGACUAUUGAAAACUCCUACUCUUCUGCUGAAACCAAAUUCCACACAGUAGAACCUGAGGUCACAUUUCAAGAAACUGUAGUUUCUGAAGAAUCAUUUGCACCUGUUAGGUUUGUGAAUGAACCAAUGCUACGUGGUGGUGUCCUAGUGACUGAAAAAUCAUACACCACCGGCCCUAUGCUGCGUCUUGAGCCAGUGCGUUCACAAAAUGUUUUGGUAACAGAGAGAGUUAUUCGUCCUGCAUCUAGUCUGCAUAACCUGAUUGAUGUAGCUGAUGGGCAGAAUGUUCUAGUUACAGAGCAUGUGAUCCAGUCUGAUGCUGGGAUGCCAAACUUUGUGAGUGCUGGUGAUUUUUCUGACAACCAAUAUAUGGUUGUUAGAGAGAGGGUUCUUGCACCCAACUCUAACCUCCAGGCAUCUUUGAGUAUCCCUGACUUGUCUGUAGGACAAAAUGUGCUAGUGACAGAGAGGCAUUACACCCCUAUAUCUACAAUACAAAGUAAGGUAGUAAUUCCAACAGAUCUUUCUAGCGGGGAAAGCACAGUGAAAGAGAGCAUAGCAGUCAAAGAAGGGGAAAUACAAGGUCGAUUUGUAAAUACACCUCCACUUAUUAAUCAAGGAGCUUACUUAGUGGAAGAGCUGCCAUCUUCUAGUAACAGUAUCAGCAGUAUAGGCAAAUCUACUAGCAGGGUCACAAAAUACAGUAAUGUACAGUAUACACGUUCAUAAAUUCUUGAUUACACUUACAGAUUACACUUUUAUAUUAACUUUUAGUUCAUUUAUCUUGUUUGUGCAUUAAACACUAGUUUGAUAUAUAAACAAUCUUUCAGCUGACAAAAGAAAUGUAAAAAAGAAUUAAUGUUUUUAUUAAGAACUAAAAAUGUAUAUUCUGCAACAGGUUGUAUUAAAAUAAAUGUAUGUAAAUUAGUUAAAAAACAUUUUGCAGAAAAUUGAAGAAAUCUGGUUAAGGAAAUGAAAAUGUUGAAUGUUGUAGUAUUUUUCAACAUGAUGUUCAACCAUGUAAAGUUUGACAAUACAAUAACAUUUAAUAACAAUUUCAAAUAAGCAGAAUAUUUUUUUCUGGCAAACUUAUUUUUUCUCCCAUUUCCUGAUCCCCUGUAUCAUGUGACAGAGAUCAGCCAAUCACAGACUAUUAUAUAUAUAUACACCCUUUGAACUUGGGUACAUGCUCAGUAGUAGUUGGUGUCUCAGAAAGUGUGUGUAUAAAAAGACUGUUCAAAAUUUGAUAAUGGAAAUAAAUUGGAAAGUGUCUUAAAACUGCAUGCUCUUUCUAAAUCAUAAAAGUUUUUUUUUAACUUUAGCAUCCCUUUAACAACACAUAACUACUUUUCAUUUUUAAAAAAUGUAGCUUUGAAAUUUUUGUUUCACGGGAUCCAUAUAUCAAAGCUAAUAAAGCGACAUAAAAGUGCAAAAAGAAAAUGUUCGUUGUUAGAGCAUUUUAUUAUUGCUCUAUAGUUUCCAUAUAGCUUUGUUUAACCCCUACAAAUAGAUUAAAUACAUGGUUAAUGUCAGUUCCGGUGCAUAAAUGUACUCUUGGGCAGAGGCGUAACUAGAAACCACAGGGCCCAGGUGCAAAAAUCUAAGAAGCCCCCGCCGCCCCGCUCCAAAAAAAGGUGAAUUUGAUACAUAUCAUUUUUUUUUUUUUUUACAUUUAACCCAGAAAAAAAAAUGUGAAUCCGAUUACAUGUCUGCAAUAGGAGGUACCCUGUGCCCACAGUCUGAGAGAUGGUCUGACCCCCUAUUACUGUAUAUAGUGCACUGUUUAACCCACCAGUACUGUAUAUAGUGAGUUAGUGACACAGUCUGUAAUCUGCCGGUGAGAUGGCUGGCCCAGUACUUUAUAAAGUGACCACAGUAGUCUGUGACAUGGUCCAGCCUCCCCGUACUGUAUAUAGUGAGUUAGUGACACAGUCUGUAAUCUGCCGGUGAGAUGGUUGGUCUGACCCUACCCGUCCCAGUACUUUAUAAAGUGACCACAGUAGUCUGUGACAUGGUCCAGCCUCCCCUUACUGUAUAUAGUGGUACUGUAUAGUGCCACUGUUUACCCCCCAUGAUGUAGUAACAAGGUCUGUAAUUUGCUGGUUCCACAAACAUAUACACACACACACACAUCCAGCAUAAAUACACACACAGUCACACACAUAUAUGCAUAAAUACACACACAGUCACAUAUAUAUACACACACACACAUGCAUAAAUACACACACAUACACACACACAUAAACAUCAAUGGGUAAAACAGAGACUAACCCCUGUAGUCAGAGACACUAGUGAAGCAUCAUGUCACACUCACAUAAUAUCAGUGCAGGCAGUGGCAGGUCAACGUUUUUUGCGACUUCUGCACCCCCUGCAGUUCCGCCCCUGCUCUUGGGUGCUAAUCACAUCUGGUGAACUGAUGGCAAAUGACAAAUAUGUGUAGCCACCAAUAACCAACUCCCAGAAGCACAUGUAAAUAAGCUUUUCAUCAAAAAUACCAAGAGAACAAAGGGAAUUUUAUAAUAGUAGUUAAUUUAAAUAGACACUAAAGUCAAAAUUAAACUUUCAUGUAGUUUUAAAAGACUUUCCAAAUUACUUGCAUUCUCAAUGUGUGCUCUGUCUUUUUAUAUGCACAAAUCCUGAGGCACCAGCUCCUACUAAGCAUGUGCAAGAUGUUUCAGUGUAUACGUAUGAGUCAGUGAUUGGCUGAUGGCUGUCACAUGAUACAGAUGGACAGCAAAUUGAGGUUAGUUUUGAACUUUGUCAGAAAAUAAUCUACAGCUCAUUUAAAAUUCAGACUAACUGCUAUUGUGUUGUCUAUUAUGCAUUUCUUGAUUAAGCAAUUCUACUGUAUUUAAUGGUCCCACUAAUUUACAGAUGGUUGUAAAAUCACUUGGCACAUAAUACUUUUACAUAUUCUUAAUCUUUUUUUUUUUUUUAUACAGCUUAUUUAUCUGUAUUUUAGAAUAUUGUGUAGUAGAAUAAUAUCUUUAUUUAAAUACCAUUUUGCAGUAAAAAAAAAAGUGAUAUAUUUUUACAUCUUAGAGAGAAGCAUUUUAUUAUGUUAUUGACGCCAUCUUAUGAACCAGCAUUCAGCUUCAAACCUUACCCCAACUCUCUCACAGUCUCCCAAGGUUUGUUUUCCCAUAAGGUGAAUUAUCAACAUUUCUGCUCAUGAGAAGCACAAAAAUCAUUUGCAAUAGAAACAUAGAAUUUGACGAUAGAUAAGAACCAAAAAGGCCCAUCAAGUCUACCCAUAUUACAUGAUACCUUUUUCCUAGGAUAGCCUUAUGCAUGUCCCAGGCAUUUUUUAAUUCAUUCACAGUCUUUGGGGCAUAUUUAUCAAACUCCGAAUGGAGCUUGAUGCCCCGUGUUUCUGAUGAGUCUGCAGGCUCGCCAGAAACAGCAGUUAUGAAGCAGCGGUCACAUUAAUAAUGGGACGUUAAGUCUGGGGUCUUGAAUAUAAAGCACCAUGUCGUCUGCAAAAAGAGACAAGUGGAGUACUUUGUCUCCUAUUUUGAGACCUUUGGUGGUGUGUCGAAUUUUCGCUGCAAGGGGCUCUAAUGCGAGGUCAAAGAGGAGAGGCGAAAGCGGGCAUCCCUGUCUUGUUCCUCUACCCAGGGCAAAUGGCUGGGAUGGUAUCCCAUUUACCAGUAUCGCUGCCUGUGGGCUGGAAUAUAUUGCUUUUAACGCUCUUAAAAAAUCCCCUGUUAUCCCGAAUUGGUCUAGGGACGAUUCUGCAAUAUAAUGCAGCUUCCAAUUGUUAUUCAAUAUCCAUUUACACAAAUUCUAAAAAAACAGCGCUAACUGUACCCCAGAUGACUAUACAAACAAUAAAUAUAGAUAUAAACUGCCA